AUGAGCUUUGCUCUUUAUUUCGGCGAGACUGUCUUGGGAACAAGUACUGCAAUGAAGAGGUCUUCUGCAUGGAUUCCUGUAAAGUAUCAGGCAAAAAAUGAUAAAACUGAUAAAACUCAGAAAUGAACAUUGCAACCGGUUUACGUACAAAAAUAGAGGACUUCGAAAUUGCUUGAUGUAAAUUUAAUAAUAAAAGAAACAUACAAAUGAAUUUUUGUUGUAUUAAUAUGCAAAGCGGUUCAGUAAAAGUAAGUUGAGUAACACUCGAUAUCCACUUCUCUCGAGCUCUAGCUAAAAUCAUUGUAUCAAUUUAGGUUUAUGGGAAACUCCCCACCUACCCCUCCUCUAAGCUAGCACUAACACUUACUUCUCGCUUAGGGCAAAAUGACCGCUUAGGGGAGGGGUAGGUGGGCAUUUUCCCAAAAACCUAAAUUUAUCCAAAUCAUCCAGUCUGGAGAAUCGAGUUAUCGCCCUCCGGAUUCCGGAAUCCGGAAAAUGUUUGCUUGUGGAAUCCGGAGUCCUGGGCUUUGGAAUCCGGAAUUGAGCUCAAGGAAUCCGGAAUGCCAUUAAUGAUUGGAAUCCGGAAUCCAUUUUCCACUGACCAAGAAUACGGAAUUUAGCACUUGGAAUCCGGAAUCCAUGGCAUAGAAUCUAGAAUCCAAGAAUGUUUAUUGCACAAUGUCUAGAUAGCGAAAUUAAGAAUUUUUGAUUUGGUUUUUUGGAACCCUUAAUGUUUCAUUUUCAUCCGAGUUUAUGAAGUGCAAUUUUCAUCCAUCGUUAAGAACGCACCUUUUAUCGGUUCUCCAGUUCCACAGCUGUCCUCUUCCCAUCCAGCCUCCGCUCGGAAAUUAAUUUUAAGUGUAUAUUAACAUUCUCCUUUGACAUGCUAGUAAGUACUUCAAAUUAGAUUCAAAUUCAGCUAUCGUUUUCGAGUCGAAUAAAAUGAUUUACCGAAAUACAUUAUUAAGAAAACAAAAUUUAACUUCGACAGAUAGACAUUGACUGUUAUAUGGUAAUACUAGUCACGUAUGUAUGAUAUGCAUCCCUAUAUGGAAUCAUCCUUUCAAAAACUUCCAGGGUAAACAUGUGGCACUAAAUGUCGGCUUUUUUUGUUUGUUGUGGUUUAAGGCUUGGAGUACUUGCAGGAGGAAUUAAUCUUAAACAGAUUGGAGAUAUUAAAUUUCAUCAAGUCGGGCUACAACAUUUCAUGAGAGAGAUUUCAUCAUUUUCUUAAAUUUCACUUUCUAAAUUGAAAUUGUGGGUAUGCCAGGGCUUGUUUGUUUUUCUGUAGAAGUGGAAACCGGAGAACCCGGGCAAAAAAGUCACGGACUGAAGGGGAAAACCAGCAACAGAUCAGGCUGAACCCAAAAGUCAGCUUCUGAUACUAACCCGGACCAUAUUAAUUAGGAAAGAGAAACAAUUGCUCUCACCACUGCCCGGCUUAUCAUGUAGUAAAGUAUGGCUCCCCUUAAUCAAGCCUUACUUAUUUUUUCAAGAGCACGUCCCCGUUGGGUCUUUAUAUCCUAUCUUACUAGCAAGUACUUGACGUAAGUAAAGGUUUGGCGGAAAACCAAGGUUAAAAAAUAUCGCUGAUAUUUCAUCCAUAACGACAACUUUAUGGAAAAGAAAAAACCUGACCGUUUCCAAAGGAGAGUGCCUAAGUGUUAAAACUGAAAUAAGUAUAUUCUUUGAAUGUCUGCUAUAAUUAACUGCCAAAAUGAUAACAAAGAGAAUUCUUUGAAAGGGUGGAGACAAUUGUAGAUGGAUCUCUGCCAAUUUAUACCGUUUUUCUAUCAGAUUAUUCCUGUCUGAAAAGAAAUAGCAAGAAAAGGUCAAGAAGAAGGCCUUGUUUUGCAAACAGGUUUUUCUCGAACACUGGCCCGCAUUCAUACAUACCGCUACCCCGCAGAGUUAGAUUAGAUCAUUUGUAACGCCCUGUCGAUAAAUACGAGGUUAGUUAGCAAUCACCUUUUAUGAUCCAUGGCGAAAAACAAAUAGGGCAUUGGUAAAAACAGCAGCGACAUGAAGAAGCUCAUUUUGGAAUACCAAAGCUGCAAGCAGAAAAGUUCCUGUCUUCUGGCGGAGGGUGACUCGAGCAAGUUAAAUGAAAUUGGUAUCAAGCCCGAUGGGUUUAAAUCUUACACAGUUUGUUUAGCUGCAGUGAUCUGUAACAUCAUAGUUUGCGGCUAUUCAUACAGCUUUGGACUACUUUUGCCCCCUCUUCUCGAUCAUUUCAAAGAGGAUACUGCUACAACAGGUAAAAUACACAACCUUUCAAUUUCUUUUCUUCAUUUAUUUUAUCUCUUAUUUACACUUUUAAAUAUUAAUUGCGGUGUACCAUUGUUGCUUUGAAUAAAUAUUCCCGCCACCUGCAAGAAAUGUAACAAAACAUAAUUAGCUGCCCUCUUUUCAGGAUACGAGACUGAAUCCGGAUAGGACCAGAAAAAAGUUAAAACACGCAAAAAAAAACAGACAGAUGGCUUCAGUCCUGAUUUAUAAUGAAAAUGAAUGGCAUCCACAACCUUUCGAUGAAUAAAGUCAAGAAAUUGGGAUAUCAUAGAAGAUUAUUAAUGAGUAACUUCUUUAAGUUUUGGGUCGAUUCGCGCGAGAACCUGAAUUUCAGUUAUUCGUCGAAAAAGUUCCAUACAAAUUUACAGAGUUGAUGGUAUGGAGCAGCAUUAAAAAAACUUAUUAAUAAGCAACCGAGAUUAACCCGCACAUUUCAAACUUCAUCGCUCUUUUUCCAUCUAAUUCAAUUUGUUAAAUGUUAGCGAAUUUUCUGGAGCUUAUAAUUAAUCCUUAAGGUCUGUAUCUAAGUUAAGAAAAAGAAAACCGUUGUCUUGUGUAAACGUUUAACAGAAAACGUGAAGUUAGGAAGUUUCACGUCCUAAGACGAAGACGAAAUGUACAGAAAAGAGUAAAGUAUAUACGAGAAAAGUUGUUGGGUUUUACUAAUCUAAUCCUAUUUGAAUGGAAAUACAUGAAAUGAUUCACAUUAACUGCGGAUAAAGAUAUAUGAAGGUGGAGAUGAUCCUCGCAGUUGAAUAAUCACCCGCUGAUAUUUUCUCUUAUUUUCGCGUGCCUUUCACUUACGCGUCAUCCCCAAUAUCUGAGAGCCUGGAACAGGCUAGUAAAUAUCAAACGGUUUGGACCUUGUCUUUAUGCCACACACCGUUUCUGAAAUUCAAAAUGUGCUGUUGAUGCCCAGGCACGGUGCCCAAGUACAGUUCUCGCUGGGGUUCUGAUGUGAACAUAAUGGUUUUUCAAGUACCCACGCCAGUGCACAGUGGCGGUCCCUGAGAACAAGUAGAGAGAUAGUACCUGUGUACUUAAGUGGGCAAUGGGUCACUUUUUGCGCACGCUUUCUUUUAGUCCCAAAACAUUCCACAUAACUUUCCGGGUUCGGGUCUCACUGAACAAAGUGAAACAAAUGCGUACACAGUUACAAAUCGGGUACUCACACACACUACUUUGUGCUGGUAACUAGGCACUAGUUCUCGGGCAUCAAGUCUGAAGAGCCCCUUAUUACUUUCGUUAUCUCGCCCCGUACUGUAUAUUACGGAUCCUCGUUUUUUUUUAAACUCCGAACUCGGCUAAACGUAGCACCAGCCUAAUAAAACAAAAAAAAUUACACAACCUGUUAAUUAAUUGAGGCCGCUGUUACCAUUCUCCUCUGCAGCUUAUGUGGGAUCCUUGUGCAUGUCAGUCAGCUGUCUUCUUGGACCAGUGGCCUCUAGUCUCUGUGACCGUUAUGGUUGUCGCGCCACAACUAUUUCAGGUGGCUUAGCAUGUGUUAUAGGACUGCUAAUGACGUCACAAGCGCCUAGCAUAUAUUGUAUGUACCUAACAUUCAGCGUGAUAGUAGGUUUUGGGAUUUGCUGUGUUUAUACUACAAGUUUUGUCAUCGUUCCUCGAUACUUUUUAAAAAGGCGCUCUUUGGCGACAGGUGUUAUUACCUGCGGUCCUGCAGGAGGCUUACUGGUGAUGAGCCCCUUUCUACAAUUCUUACUGGACACUUUACAGUGGAGAAAGACGUUCAUAGCUAUGGCAGGACUGGCUGCAUUGAUUUGCUUCUUUGCACUAAUUUAUGAUCCACUCACAGCAAAAGAGAUUUCAGAUUUUGAGGGAGUAUCAAACACAAAACAACCUCACGCAACCUGUGAAAGACAAUCAUCGUGGAAGAGGAACAUCUUCACAAAUCCAGUGCUCCUUAUCUGGUCAGCCUGUCCAGCUGUAGCGUACCUAGGAUUAUAUGUCCCACAAGUUCUAUUGGUAAACUUUUAUUUGUUUUUGUUUUCUUAUCACCGCGUUUUCAUAGAUCAGUUUUUAUUUAAAACGAUUUUGGCGCAAAUCUGAAAUAUCUUUGAACUCACACAAACCUAUCAGCAAAUCCUACAGAUCUAAAAAUGACGUUUAGUUUUCCUAUUUGAUAUCUUAAACUUUGAAUGCGUUCAUAGGAGGAACGGAGCCUCCUUUUUACGAAGGAAAAAAAGUUCUAAGCUGUAUCUAAAAAUAAAACCAGUCUGUGAACGCACCGUGACUUAGACCUCUGGGAGUAGCUCGCCCCGAGUUAUGGGCUCCUGCCAUGGACCGGCUGAAAAAUUUGACAGGACUCCUCGUUCAUUCGCACAACCGACGAUCCAGGUUGAAUUUUAACUUUUCUCAGUGGUUUUAACAUCGUUCUAUGCCAAGAGCUUUACUAUAGCAAAUUCUAAAUGGCGUCUCCCGGCUGAGUUAACACGCUAAACGGCAGACCCAGCAUCCAGGCUUAUUUCCCAUAGAUAUGCCUUCCAGAAAUUAUCACUUUGUCAUAAACUAAGGAGUUUUCGUGAUUUUGUUCGAUCGCUAGUCAGUUCGUGUCAGAGAGGAACGUCCGACGGAUUUGCGAGCGAGUUAAAUUUCCGAUACAAACAACUAGUCACUCUCGUUUGGAUACUAUGAACUGAAAAAAAACGGGGAAAUGGCGGGAAAUCCAUAUGCUUUGCAGUGAACAAAACAUUUAAAUCAUACAUCGUCAGGAGCCGAUUAGGCUGCUGGCAUCGUUCGUAGCCUCUUAUUGGGUGGAGAACAUACUCUAAGAAAAUUUAUUUUGCAGCGACUAUAUCUGAGAAUGUAUAUUGCAAAAUACUCUUUAGGUGAAGUAUGCAGAGCAAAAGGGAGUACCGCCCGAUGAGUCAGCCAUAUUCUUUUGUUACAUCGGCCUCACCUCUGCUGUAGCAAGAAUCCUUGUUGGGCAUGUAUGUGACUUCAAAUGUGUUAAAGUGGAGCUAAUCACUCAAGCUGCCAUCUACAUCAACGGCGUCGCUAUGUGUAUUCUAUCGCGAGCAGACUCGUACUCUUACUUCUUGGCCUACUCCCUGGUGUAUGGCUUCUGUGAUGGGCUGUUUGGCAGCACAGUUAACAUUCAGGUCGUGGGUUCCGUCAAACCUCACCUCACAUCAAAGGCUAUUGGCUUCUGGCUGGCAGUAACAUCACCAAGCAUAGCAGCGGGGCCACCAGUUGCUGGUAGGUUUAGCAAAUAUAAGGGGACUCGAUUAAUUGUCUGGGCACUUGUUACAAUUUCAGGGGGUGCUUAUUUUAUUACGUCUUUCCCACGGGAACGUGUUUUAGCAGACAAUACAACUAAAGGAAUAAUUGCUCUUUCAGAUAGCAAGAAAAACGUCUCGCUACAAAAGAAGCUUAACGCCUGUAAUAUCCUUACAAUAAAAGUGAUACACGAGGAAGGGAAGGAGGAAGGGUCAUAUUUACCAGCUUAGCCAAGGGAUAGGGCGAUUUUACGGAGAAGGGCCGGGAAUGGCAAUUAUAAGGGGCGUUAGUCCUUAAAAUGGGCAAACAGCUAUUGCUAUUACUAUCACUACUCCCGUUGUGUUCAGAAAAGCCGUAACAACUCUUCGCGGAUCAAAUGCUCUAAGAUUGCUAAUCACUUUUUAACCAAGGCAGUUAUUGCUGAUGUUAUUGCCUUUCUCGGAAUGGUCACGUCAGCUUUAUUAAAUGCGGAUUUUUGUGGAGGUGGGUGAGGGGGCUGGGAGUGAGACAUUGGUAAGCCGGAAUACCGAAACUCGUUAGCAGUGAAAAAAGUGUCUACUUUUUUUCUUGAUAGUUUUUAUAUAAAUCAUCUGGAGUGUCACGUGAAUGAAUGGACUACUAAAUCUCUGUCUCUUUUAUUUUUAGGACUAAUCGUUGACAAGACGGGUUCUUACGUACCCGCAUUCGCUGUGUCAGCCAUAUAUCUGUUUAUUGGAGCAACUAUACCCUUUGCGUUAUGUUGCCUCAGAAAGAAAAAGACUUCAAGUAUCGUAGAAAUGCAGCUUACUUCAGAUGAGCUUCCGCCAGAGAGAGAAACUGUCGUAUAA